CCCCCCCAAAAAAAAAAAAAAAAAAAAAAAAAAAUCUAAAAUCGAAAAACCCUAGAAGAAAUACACCCAGAUUCUCAGAUAAACCCUUUUUGAGUGCGAAAACAGACCAAAAGAUCAAAUAAAAAAGAUGAGACCUUUGGACGAGAAAGAGACAACCGUGGUGUUGGAGAAGCUGUUAAAGUUCACAGACAACAAUCUCCAGAACAUAGUUUAUAAUCCAUCCCAUGAAGGUCCCGAUCCUAACCCAGGUCGCUACUGUUUCCGCCUCCACAAGAACAAGGUCUACUACGUCAGCGAAUCCCUCGUCAAGCGCGCUACGAACGUAGCACGGGCCAACCUCGUCUCCCUCGGAACCUGCAUCGGCAAGUUCACCCACCACGGCAAUUUCCACCUCACCGUUCAGGCCCUGACCAUCUUGGCCCCCAACGCCAAGCACAAAGUCUGGCUCAAACCCACUUCGGAGAUGUCUUUUCUGUACGGCAACCACGUUUUGAAAGGUGGUUUGGGGAGGAUUACCGACGCCAUCGCUCCCGGAAAGGGGGUUGUGGUGUUCUCCAUGUCCGAUGUGCCUUUGGGUUUUGGGAUUGCUGCUAAGUCGGCCCAGGAUUGUAGGAAGUUGGACCCCAAUGGGAUUGUUGUUCUUCAUCAGGCUGAUAUUGGAGAGUAUUUGAGGAAAGAAGAAGAGCUUUGAAAUUUGGGCAAUUGAGAAUUUUUUUUUUCUUUCUUUUUUCCUUUUUGGUUUUCAUUUUUAGAGAUAUGUAAGUGAGAUUUGAUCGAAUUUUGAUCAGAAUGAGAUGAAAGAACGUUGGAUUGCAUGGUAUCAUCCCCUACUAGUGAUUUUUGGAGUUUGGUUAAAAAUUAUGUAAGCUUUAAAUUAAUGAAAUUUAGCUUGGCUUCUUUA